GUCCCGUUCCGUUUAUGUUCUCACCUGUACGGAAGUGAACAUAAAAGGCUGGGCAGGUAAGAAUGUCUGAACCACGCAGGCACUCAACGUCUUUCCUGCCAGCAGUAACCGCGAGGACCAAUGGGGAUUGCUGUACUUCUGGUCCUGAUUCUUCGGCAUUGGAUCAACAACGUGGAGGGAACAUGUUCGGUUGGCAGUGCAGUGACUUGUGACGAGUGUCUCCAGCUUGGUCCCCACUGUGCAUGGUGCACACAAGAGAAUUUCACAGACUCGUUUUUAAUCAGUGAGCGAUGUGACACACCGUACCUCCUCCAAGAGAGAGGCUGUCCCCAGGACCAGGUAGAAUUCCCAGUGACCAACUCAGAGGUCCUCCGGGACCAGCCUCUCGGGAAGAAGACAGGAAAUACCAACAUCACACAGAUAUCACCACAGAAGAUGGCCCUCAAACUCAGAACUGGCAGUGAGGUGACCUUCCAGAUCAGUGUGCAGCAGACAGAAGACUACCCUGUAGACAUCUACUACCUGAUGGACCUCUCAGCCUCCAUGAUUGACGACCUGGAGAUGAUUAAAGACUUGGGCUCCACCCUGUCCAAGGAGAUGGCAAAGCUCACCAGUAAAUUCAGACUUGGAUUUGGGUCCUUCGUUGAGAAACCAGUCCUCCCGUUCAUUAAGAUCACUCCUGGAGAGCUGGAUAACCCUUGUAGGAGUGUGGAUGAGAGCUGUCUGCCAACGUUUGGAUACAAGCACGUCCUACCCCUCACCAGCAGCACAGAGAAGUUCAACAAUAUCAUCACCAACCAGCGUGUGUCUGCCAACAUCGACCUGCCGGAGUGUGGCUUCGAUGCCAUUAUGCAGGCUGCUGUCUGUGGGGACAAGAUAGGCUGGAGGAACGACUCCAUGCGUCUGCUGGUGUUUGUGAGCGACGCCGACUCUCACUUUGGGAUGGACAGCAAGAUGUCAGGCAUCGUCGUCCCUAACGACGGAGAGUGCCAUCUGGACAGCAACAAUGAAUACUCUAUGGCUGCCCAUCUGGAAUACCCAACUCUGGGACAGCUGAUGGAUAAACUGGUGGAGAACAAUAUCCUGCUUAUAUUCGCUGUGACGGAAAAUCAGAAACACAACUACGAGAACUAUGCAAAUUUCAUACCUGGUGCCACGGUGGGGGUUCUGGAAUCAGAUUCAAGGAACAUCCUGGAACUGAUUGUGACGGCGUAUAAAGAGCUGCGCUCUAGAUAAGAGCUGGAGGUACUAGGAGACACGGAGGAUCUACAGAUCUCCUUCACAGCGAUCUGUCAGGAUGGCACGGUACUACCUGGACAGAAACGAUGCUCCAACGUCAAAGCUGGAGACACGGUCUCCUUCAAYGUGACUGUAGAACUCUCUGAGUGUCUCGACGGUCCCCAGCGUUUCCUCAUCAAACCGGUGGGCUUUCAGGACCCCCUGGAGAUAGACCUGGAGUCACUGUGCUCCUGUGCCUGUCACCAGACCCCCGAGCCCAACAGCAGCCACUGCAGCCUGGGCCGUGGAUCUCUGGAGUGUGGCUCCUGUCUGUGUGAUCCAGGGUACAUGGGUUCCAAGUGUGAGUGUACGGAGGAGAGCGYCCAGAGCAGUAACUGCAAGGCCAGUGGCGCUGCGGAGUCCUGUAGCGGGCAAGGGGAGUGUUACUGCGGCCAGUGUGUGUGUCACCCGUCUAGUUUCGGACGCGUCUACGGGGCCUACUGCGAGUGUGACGACUUCUCGUGUGUGAGGUUCCGAGGKUUACUCUGUGGAGGUCACGGGGACUGUGACUGCGGCGAGUGUGUGUGUCAAGCGGCUGAUGGGGAUACUGUAACUCGCAGCAGCAGCAGGGACACGUGUGUGUCGGAGGACGGAGUGCUGUGCAGCGGACGGGGGAAGUGUGUGUGCGGGAAGUGUGUGUGUUCCAUGCCCGGAGCCUCUGACACCUGUGAAAGGUGCCCUACCUGUGGAGACUCCUGUAGCUCUGCUAGGUAA